CGUUCAACAGGUCGGGCAAAGACCCGUCCUGGCACGACUGAAAUGUCUGGCCAAUCCCGUAAUCGCCGGUCCUUCCCUGUUGGAAUUGUCUUUCCCGACGUAGCCUAGUCCGAGGAAGGGAGAAGCGUCAAGAAGUUCGCCCACCACCGCGUCGUCAAAUCAACGAAAAAGCAAAAGCGACCCGACAAAGCAAAAGCUCCUCUCUCUCCCCCUGCGAAAUCGAACCCGCGGAGCUGCGCGAGAGCUCUCGGAAACCGAACUCCGAAUCCGACAUCAACGAGCCGGCAGUUUCCUCGCACACCCAUGUUCUCUCUGUCUCUCUCUCGACAACCUUUCUGUUGAACUCGGGCUUUCGAGUGGAGACCGACCCAACUUUGCCUAACAUCCUCGAGUUCCUAUUUGACCCCGGAAACCAUGGCAUCCGUGUGAGCACUGUGCAAAGUUGUCUUCUUUCCGCUGAAUCUGGCGCAGUUUAGUGCGUGUAAAGCACCGGAUCGUCUGCCCAGGUUUGAUUCCCGAGCUUUUAGUCGAUUUUGGGCGACAAAAUCGAAUCUUGUUGAGUGCCCUUUUGGAAUUCUUGCCUUCUUUGUCUAGGGAAGGAAGGUGGUUCUGGGUUAUUUGCGUAGUUGGAUCUGUACUAGUGUCUGGUUAUAGAAAAAAACAGGGGCUUGCUUGUUUGUUAAAGUUGGCGAGACGGAGAUUUAUAGGAUGAUUGUCGGCAAUAUGAAUUCGAUGGAGUUUCGCGGUUUCGCGGGGUGUUUGUGGAUCUGAUGUUUUGCUGAAGAAUUUCGGUACAAGUGAUUUGAAGAUAUGCAAGGAAGGGCAGUAUCGUCAGAGGAAGGCAAGGAUCUUCCUGUGGCGAAUAGGACGAACCAAACAAAGGCGUUGCCUCUGAGAUUGCUUCAGUUAUUUGUGCUUUUUCUGUUAGUGUGUAUUGCAUUUUCAGGCAUUAGCAUAUACACUGUUCGGCGUUUUGGGAUUCAAAGCAUGGUGACGACUGCUAGGUCCAGUUUUCAGCCGUGCUAUGAAGAAGCCAACAGUUUAGACCGUUGGAUUCAGCCUCCGUCGGAUCUGCUUCAUAAUAUGUCCGAUAAAGAACUAUUUUGGAGAGCGACCCUUGUUCCUAAAAUCAAGAAGUAUCCAUUCAGAAGAGUUCCAAAAAUUGCUUUCAUGUUCUUGACCAAGGGUCCAUUGCCGCUGGCUCCUCUUUGGGAGAGGUUCUUCAAGGGCCAUGAGGGGCUUUAUUCGAUCUAUAUUCAUUCCCAUCCAUCAUUCCAUGCCCACUUUCAUCCUUGGUCGGUAUUUAACAGGAGACAAAUCCCAAGUCAGGUGUCUGAGUGGGGCAGGAUGAGCAUGUGUGAUGCAGAGAAAAGACUCCUAGCCAACGCAUUGCUAGACAUAUCCAAUGAGCGGUUCAUUCUUCUUUCUGAAUCAUGCAUUCCGCUGUAUAACUUCAGCCUCAUCUAUCACUACAUUAUGAAGUCCGGAUAUAGCUUCAUGGGUGCAUUUGAUGAUCCCGGACCAUACGGGAGAGGACGCUACAAUUUGAAUAUGGCCCCCGAAGUGAACAUCUCUCAAUGGCGUAAAGGAUCACAAUGGUUCGAAAUCAACCGAAAGCUCGCGAUAAACAUUGUGGAAGAUGCUACUUAUCACCCGAAAUUUGAGACUUUCUGUAGGCCAGCGUGCUAUGUUGACGAGCACUAUUUCCCUACUAUGCUGACCAUCCAAGCAGGACAUCUCUUGGCCAAUAGAAGUAUCACGUGGGUGGACUGGUCGAGAGGUGGCGCUCAUCCCGCCACAUUUGGAAGGUCUGAUAUUACAGAAGAAUUUUUGCGGAGAAUAAGCAAGAACCAGCGUUGCACCUACAAUAAGCGAAACUCUUCAACGUGUUUUCUUUUCGCAAGAAAGUUUGCUCCGAGUGCGUUGCAUCCUCUCCUUGAAUUAGCUCCAAAGGUCCUCGGCUAUUAAGAGAUGCCAAAAAAAGAAAGCAUUUCAAAUUUGCCUUUAUACAUUCCAUGCGUUGGGUGGUGCUCGAAAUUGUUCGGGUCCCUAGUUUGCUUUCUUCGUUUGUACAUGAGGCAUAAUCAGAGGCACCGCCCGGACAAUAUAGUCUUGAUGUACAGAGAGGAGAGGCUAGCUUGUAGUUUUGACUUCAUAUUGAGAUUUGUGCUAAAAAUCGAGAAUUAUCGUUUCAAGAGUUGCUUCUUCUGCGCCA